AUGUCGUCAACCCUUAAAACGGGGAAGAAGCCCGGAAGCGAAGCAGACGCACAUCAGCUUCGAGCCUGGUUCCAAGGUUUCAUAGGCAACGUGAUGCGCACACUUGCAUACCCCGGACACAUACACGAGACCAAGAUCCCGAUCCAGGCCCCCGACGGCACGGCCAUGACGCUGCACCGCUUCGCGACCCGCGACAUGGCCGAUUCGCCCACGCCCCAGCCCGCCGUUCUCCACGUCCACGGCGGCGGCAUGAUCAGCAGCAGCGUCUCCCUGUACGCCCCCGCCAUCGCCAGCUACGUCGCCCGCGCCGGCCUUGCCUUUCCCUCUGUCGAGUACCGCCUGGCGCCCGGGCACCCCGGCGACGGUCCCGUCGCGGAUGUCUAUGCCGCGCUGGGCUUCCUCUCCGCGUACGCCGCCGAGUGGAACGUCGACCCGGCGUGGCUGGCUAUCACGGGCGACUCGGCGGGCGGCGGGCUCGCAGCCGGCGCGGCGCUCCUGGUCAGAAACGGGAACCCGACGCCGCCGCUCGCGAAGCAGCUCUUGAUCUAUCCCAGGCUCGACGAUCGGACGGGGUUUCGGGGCGGCGGCGCGCUCGAGCGGUACCACUUCUGGACCGCCGCGUACAAUCGCACGGCGUGGGAGGCGGUGCUCGGCGCCGGCAGGGCGGGGGCCGCCGAUGCGGGGGUCCCGAUCCGCGUGGCGCCGGGAUGA